GGUGUGUGUCUGCUGCUGAAAACUGCAGUUAUAAAGCACUUAUCGAGUACCUCGGCUUGGACAACAGUGACGUUCUAAUGACGUCCCUAAGGCCCGUGCAUAACUGGACAACUCCUACCACUGUUUUGAUGAACCUGCUUGUGACCUCCAUCACAGAAGUGGAUGAAAAAGCCCAGAGCAUCUCAACACAAAUCACCAUUAUAAUUGGUUGGUUCAGUGAGUUCACAAGAUGGAAUCCUAAUGACUUUUGUGGGAUCAAUAUGUCUUCAAUUAAAAAAGAAAUGGUUUGGAUCCCAGACAUCAACAUAAUUGAAAGCAUCAAGACAGAGUUUGCAACAAUAGAGAAUCAACAUGUGAAGUUGUUUAAUGCAGGCAUUAUUCUCACAUCUAACACUUUUGCUCUGACCUCGGCCUGCAAGAUGGACCUUCACCAGUUUCCCUUUGACGCCCAAAGCUGCACGAUUACCCUUCAGUCUCCGAUACAUACAAGCAAUGAGCUCCUGAUUUACCCUUUCUCUGAUUCAUCAUUCCUGACUCUCAGCUCCAAGAAGGCCUUUCAGACUCAGGGAGAGUGGGAACUCCUCACUAUAAAUAUCUCUAAAGGCCAAGCUGAUACUAUAGGAUAUAUACAGGAUCAGCUGAUAUAUACGAUCACCAUAAGGAGGAGACCUUUACUGUAUGUCAUUAUUUUUCUGAUGCCAGUAUUUUACUUCCUUGUGCUGGAUGUGGCCUCCUUCUUCAUCGAUUCAAGUGGAGGAGAGAAGCUUGGGUUUAAAGUAACUUUGCUUCUGUCUAUUUCUGUGUUACUGCUGCUUCUUAAAGACAUGCUGCCCUCCACUGCCAGUAGCAUCCCACUGAUUGGGAUUUAUUGUGUUGUCAUCUUCGCUGUCAUGGGCAUCAGUGUUCUUGAGACUAUUUUUGUGAAUUUUCUGAUGGCUAAAGGAAAUCAGACAUUUUCAGUGGAAGCAAUGGAAAGCACAUCUGCUCUUUCUGAUACCGUAAAGGACCCUUCAGACUCAGUUGCAGACAGCACUGAAGAGCACCCGUACACUCCUGAAGCAAUCCUGAAGCAGAUCCUUGUGGAGUUUCAGGCUGUUGCUCAUCAAAACCAAAAAAAGAAGAAACCCCUGUCCUGGACCAGAGUGGCCAAAAUAAUAGAUGUUAUCUUCUUUUUCCUGUACUUAAUCACUGUUAUUGCUUUUCUGAUUUCACUGUUCAUUUCUUGGUUCGCAUGAGUGUAUAUCCUUGUAUGGGCCUGUACAUGAGAUGAUCAGGCUUUCAUAACUUCUGCAUGUUCCAUUAGAAAUAUUAAAAUAUAGACAAGCCAACAGUUUUCCUUUUUAGUUACUUUACUGUACAUUCCACUGAAUACACUCUUGAAAAUAAAGGCUCCAAAAGGGGA